GAGAAAACAUAAAGCAGAUAAAUUUAUGUCACCCAACAAACUUGUUCUUCUCGGUCAAACCACUGCCCUGCAUUGUCUUAACUUCUUCUCUAUCACUACAGACAUUACUACCAUUGUUUCUUUUUUCUUGAAUCAUCAUCAUGUCAUUUCAACAUUAUCCACAAUUUCAUAGGAUAAUAUUGCAAGAUAAGAACCUUAGGAUUCCCAAGAAAUAUGUGGAGAAAUUUUGGAAAGGAAUAUCGAACCCAAUAUUCCUUAGAUUCCCAAAUGGGGUUCAACAAGAAAUAUUUUGGGUGAAGAAAAGUAAUAGUGAGAUUUGGUUUCAAAAAAAUUGGGACCAAUUUGCAAAGUCUCUAAAAUAUGGAAAUCUCUUAACUUUUAAAUACAUAGGUGGAUCAUGUUUUAAGGUUAAGAUAUUUUGUGCCAAUGCUUUAGAAAUAAACUAUUCCAAUAUAAAAUCCAUAGUAGAUGAAGAACAAGUUGUUGAAGCUGCAGUAGAAGAAGCUAAAGAAAUUGUUGAAGUGAGUGAUGAGAGUGAAAUAUACAUGCAAGCUCAAAAGACAGGAAAUGGCAAGAGAAAAAUUAAUAUGGAUUUAGAUUCUACUCAACAAAAAUUAUCAGGUAGUAAUAGAGGAGGCAUGGUGAAGAAGACUAAAAAAUGCUCAACAACUGCUGCGGCUAUUACUAUGAGAGACAAUAAUCAGAAUCCCUUUUUUGAUGUUAUAAUGACAAAAACUUAUGCUGAUGGCAAAUUCUUGAGAAUACCAAAGAAGUUUUCAAGAGAACACUUGAACAAUUUUCAAGGAAUUGCAACCCUAUUUGUUGGUGAGGAAAUGGCUAUGGAAGUGAACAUUAGGUCAUCUAUUAUCGGUGUCGGUUGGAAGUUAUUUAGUUAAAAAAAUAACUUGCAAGUUCACGAUGUUUGUAAGUUUGUGAUGACUCAACGCGAACCACUUUUAUUCAAUAUUAUUAUUAAUCGAGCGAGAAAGGGACCAAAUCCUAAAUGUUAUAAAGAAGAGAUCUCUUUUGAUAAUAAUGUUGUAAGGAAAGACAUCGGAGAAAGUUCUAGGAGCCGUCCAGAAGUACAUUUUUUUGAUGGAGAUCGUGAUGUGAUGAAACAUAACAUAUUCAAGGUUUUGGUGAAUGUCAAAAUCCCGAUUGUACCAAAGGAGUUUAUGAAAAGAGGAUGUCGUCAAAAAUUUGUGGUGUUGAAAAUGGGGGAACAGUCGUGGUUGGUAAAAGUAACUUAUGAUCGUAGCAGUAAAUGUUGUAAGUUCCGUAAAGGUUGGAGACAAUUUAUGGAAGAUUGCAAAAUAGAGAUUGGAGAUACUUGUCUCUUUGAGUUGAUUGAUGAGAAAAUUUUUGUGUUUAAUGUUUCAAUUGUACGAAAAAAUCAUCGAGUUGCUUGAUAUAUGUUGUUUUUUCGAGGUACUUAUAACUAGAUGUUUAUUUGAACAUAGCUCUACAUUUUUAUGUAGUAUUUGGAGCUUUAUUAUAUGAAUGUUUGGAAUGAA